CCGACCCAUCGAUUCGGAUUGCGCAGCUUGAGAACGAUGUACGUGAACUCCGCCAAAGCCUCCAGCGCGGCGGCCUGGUCGAAACGAGGGCGCCCGCGAUGCCGGCAUCGUCUCGGACCGAGCCAAACGAGGCGGCGGAGUGGAAGAGCGCUGCCGACCUCGCCAUCGGACUGGGUGUCCAAGUGCCGACCCGAUCUCUUGGCGAUGUUGAAAUAUCGGCCCACGACCUCUUGGAACUCAUCGACAUAUUCUUCUCUCGGUUUCAUCCUCAACUGCCCUUUCUCACAGGAAAAGAGCAGUUGAUCAGGGACUGCGUGGCUUGUCCACUGCUGUCCUGGGCAGUCGUGGCUGUCGCUGCUCGAGCAUCUCCAUCGCUGGAACCUAUCCGGCCCCGGCUUGUUUGGCCCAUUCGACGCCUGGCUUCCGAAUCCAUCCUUCAGCCAAGAUCGCUGCCCGUCAUCCAGGCUCUGUUGCUGCUCUGCCUCUGGCCGAUGCCCUAUGCAUCUUUGAUCGACGAUCCGUCAUGGAUGUUUUCGGGCAUAGCGACGCAAAAGGCCUUGCAAUUAGGUCUGUCCCGGCCGUUCGCUGCUCUCAUGCAGCAAACAAAGGGAGACGAAAAGGCGGCGCGGUCUCUGCGGUGCACCUGGAUCGCCUGCUUUAUCGUGGGUCAGAUGCUCAGUGACCGGUUCGGCAUCCCGUCCCUCGUUUCCCUUGAACCGUCGGUUCUCGCAGCACCCAUGCCCCCAGUCCUGCGAGCAGUCGCCGAAGCGGCGCGCAAGGACUCGAUAAUCUCUUCGCUGCUCGCCCAGCAGAAGCCGGGCAACGGGUUGCAGUCCUUUCUGCCCGUUCUCAAGGCGUCAGAGUCCCAGCUCGAGAGUUUGGACACCGAGUUCGGAGAGCAUGAGUCACCACUGCUUCAACGGCUCCUGUCUUCGAUCAAACUACGACUCUAUUCGUGCGCCCUGCUGCCCAAUGCUCAGGACCAGGAUGCCGGUGCCGGUGCCGAGAGCUCCUUGCACAUCAUGAGCUAUGCCACAAAGGCCUACACCAUUGCGAUGGCUGUUAUAAACAAGGCUCUUGAGGGCCAUGACGGCGAUACCUACAAGAUCGCGGCGACGGGAGGCGGCGAACACUCACCGCCACGCUGUGCCUUGUGGACGUUUAUCGAUCUGCAGUCCUUCAUCAUGGCCGUUUUCACCGUACUACACCUCGUCCGGACAUACCCAAACCUCUCUGGCCAGCAUGAGGUAUCUCGGAUCUCACAACAAACAUGUUCGAUGCUGCAUGCCUGCUCCGUCGUCGAGGGCGACCACUUCUACCGCGUGUGUGAGGUCAUCAGCUAUCUGGCCAGCAAGGGCCCCAAUACGGAGAGCAGCGAUGAGGAUACGGGAGCAGAAGAUGCCGUGCCGACUAUCCGGCCGAGUAUUGGCGUCGGUGUUGCCCAUAAAAUGAUAAAAGAGGCCAAAAAGAGAUACCGCAGCGGCAGGCGGUUUCCCGAGCAGUUCCCGAUGAUGGACUCUGACGGGACGGCGGUGGAGGCUGAGAGCGCAGCAGGCACAACCCCCAGCACCGACGACUGGCUCCAAUUUCCGCUCUCAAACCUUGUACCCCCGGCAUUUGAUAUGAUGACUUGGCCAUCCUGGGACAGCGGAGUGAUGUUUGGUGACAAUCUGGAUGCUCAGCUCCCGAUGGUCGAUAGCUCCACAGAACAUCCCCGAGCCCACCAAGGUCUUCAGUGACCAUGGCAUGCUUUGCUCAGCCAACGGGCUUAGGACCUGCAUGAGCGCAGGCCACGGACUGAGAGCGAACUGCUUUCCGCCUCUCCUCACUGUCUAUAAGGCGUCUAGUAUAUCUCCCCUUUAGGAAAGUUCGCGGUCUGGAGCUCGCGACGCGAGCUCCGAAAUGUGGAGUAAGGCCGGGUUUAA